AUGCAUUCAGAUUCUGUUGAAAGUUUAGAAGAAUUCAGCAAAUGGAUUUUAGAUUUGGGUGAAGGAAAAUUACCAGCUAUUUCCUUUGAUGAUGAAGACGAAUCUACUUGGAUAGAGAUUCCUGAUGAUCUACUCAUUCCUCAGGAUACUGACUGCAUACACUGCAUUAUUGAUAGUACGAAACCUGAUCUAUUGGCUAAUUAUAAUAAUGCUUCAUAUCUUCGCAAUAGAGCUAUUCUUGCCCCGACCAAUGAUGUUGUUGAUGAAGUAAAUUCUGUUAUUCUAUCAUCCAUUCUUGGCCAUUCUAGGAUAUACUUAAGUGCUGAUAGAAUCUGUCCCACCUCUGAUUGCGGACUUGAGCAAGCUUCUUUAUACCCUGUUGAGUUUUUGAAUACACUUAAAUUCUCUGGAAUUCCAAAUCAUUCAAUUGAGUUAAAGGUUGGAAUUCCAAUUAUUCUGCUACGCAAUAUGAAUCAGAGUCGGGGUCUAUGCAAUGGUACACGGUUGAUAAUUACAAAUCUGGGAGAUAACAUCAUAGAAGCUGAAAUGAUUACAGGGUCAAGUAUAGGGACAAGAUUUUUCAUUCACAGGAUUGACAUGACUCCUACGGAUUCAAAAUGGCCUUUUGUGAUGAUUCGACAUCAGUUUCCUAUUAAGGUUUGUUUUGCUAUGACAAUAAAUAAGAGUCAAGGCCAAACUUUUGAUAACGUUGGAGUGUACUUGACAAAACCUGUAUUUAGUCACGGCCAAUUAUACGUUGCUGCUUCUCGAGUAACCUCCCGUCAAGGAUUGAAGUUUUUGAUCAAGGAUGAUCGAAAUCCGGAAAAUUGUCGUACAAGAAAUAUUGUUUAUCGAGACAUAUAUGAUAAUUUACGCAUUGGUAUAGGUUAA